AGAGCCUUACCAAUCUACAAAUACAUAGGACACCAAAAGUACACAGACUGGAGACCUUUCUGGAUCCCUGUCAGUACCAGACCAGCAGGACUAUGGAGUCAUUCAGCAAACGGCAGAAAGUUGACCUCCUGACCUCUCCGUCGGGUGAUCAAACAUGAAUGAAUCAGGAGCUGACCGUCCGUCAUCCAAGUGCCUGUUCACCUUUCCAACAACUGAACAUUCCUUGAAUAAACAGAUUCUCCAGUUCAGCCACCAAUCACCUGGUCACACUCUACUCCCACAUCCCACUCUGUCUGUCUGCCUGCAGAGACACCUGCAGCCAGUGUGUGUGUGUGUCCAUCUAGAUGCUGUAAUUGGAGACGCUGACAUCUGAGGGCAGCUAUGGAUCCAAAAAUAAGAAAGGCCAAGCUGUUAUUUGGACUGAAAGGGAAAAAGAAAAAGAAGUCAACAAAAGACCUGAUCCUAGCAAACAAGGGAGCAAUGGAGAGUGAGCAGCCGGGGCCGUCUGAAGAGAGUUUACUGCUGGAAGAAGAACCUCCUGAGGAACCAUCAGAACCUCAUGCGCUCAGGACCAGGAUAUUACCAGGCAGCAAGAGGUCUAAACUGAAAACUCGGAUCCAGAUCAGUGAAAAGAAACCUCAGAGUUUCCAGAUUGCUAUCAAUAUCACCGAGGCCAGACAGCUAGUGGGAGAAAACAUUAAUCCAAGCGUUGUGAUUGAAAUCGGUGAUGAGAAAAAGCAGACCUCGGUUCAAGAAGGAACCAACGCUCCGUUUUACAAUGAGUAUUUCGUGUUUGACUUCUUUGCCCACAAAGAAAUCUUCUUUGACAAAGUCAUCAAGAUAACAGUGAUGCAUUCAAAGAUGCUCAGAAAUUUCUUUAUUGGGUCCUUUAAGUUGGAUGUGUGGACAGUCUACAAACAGCCUGGUCACCAGUUUGUCAAUAAAUGGGCCACAUUGAUGAAUCCCAAUGACAUCAGCACUGGUGUCAAAGGUUAUGUCAAGUGUGACAUCAGUGUGUCAGCGAAAGGCGACGCAGUGCAACCAGGUCAAAAAGCAAGUGAUGCUGAAGAGCAGAUAGACAAGAAUCUACUUAUACCAGAAGGUUUCCCAGCUGAGAGACCGUGGGCUCGUUUCUCAGUGAAGGUGUAUCGAGCUGAAGGUCUUCCACGGAACGACUCCGGCCUCAUGGCCAACGUCACCAAGGCUUUCAUUGGAGACAACACAGCACUCGUAGACCCGUAUGUCGUCGUCAGCUUCUUCAAUAAAGUGGGUCGUACGUCCACACAGAAGUCCACAGCAGACCCUGUCUGGAAUGAACAGGUCAUCUUUGUAGAGAUGUUUCCUCCUCUGUGUCAGAGGUUAAAGAUUCAGGUCUGGGAUGCAGGAGGCAUGAGUGAUGUUGCUAUAGCAACCCAUUACUUCGACCUGAGACGUAUCUCCAAUGACCAGGAUGGUGACAGAGGCUUCUUACCAACUUUUGGUCCCGCUUGGGUUAACCUUUACGGCGCUCCUCGAAGUUUCUCAAUAGGUGAUGACACAGUGGAGCUGAAUGAAGGCAUUGGACAAGGAGUGGCAUACAGGGGGAGGAUCUACAUGGAACUGGCAGUGGAGAUCAUGUCAGGAGGCUCCGGCACAGAGUCCAAACUUAGCCAAAUGGUCAAGUCCAUUAAAGACCCCAAAGCGGGUAAGGCUGCGGUGAAGGAUGGUAAAGCUGCAGGAGCAGGAGCCGCCGCAGGAGCGCCACCUGGAGGAGGAGCAGCUGAUGACGACAAAGGAAAACCAGUCCCAGCAGAGGUUCUACCUGUGGAGUCUCCUCCUACGCUGAAUGUCAACAACAUGGAGGGCUUCAUACUUUUUGGAGCACUGUUUGAAGCCACUUUGAUUGACAGAAAGAUUGGAGACAAACCAAUAAGUUUUGAGUUCUCCAUGGGGAACUUCGGUAACACCUUGGAGACCACAGGUCAGACCAGCUCCAAUUCCAGCCCCAGUCUUUCUCGAAGGAGAAGAGCACUGGAAGUCCCAGACAGUGGUGACAUGUCAGGCUCCUCCCCUCUCAGCUCCUCCCCAUCAUCUCCACUCCUGCCCAGAGAAGGUCAGGAGGCUCCUCUGACCAUAAAGUCCGCCACUCCUCCGGAAAAACCACUCAUCAUCGACGGAAACAGGUACUACAUGUAUCUGCCCCUAGAGAAGCAGAAGCCGUGUAUCAAUGUCCUGAGUCAGUGGGAGAACAGAACCUAUCGACUCUUCAACUCAAACAUGUUGGAAAACAUAGUUGUUCUGUUUGAGGAGGGUGUAGCCAGGGUGGAAGAGCUGCACAGAAAAUUAGAUCCUGGCGUGAGGGACAAGCUUAAAGUUGUCUUCAAAGAAUUCUGUAUGGAUGCCAGGUGUUACAUAUCAGCAGCUGAAGCCAAACUGAAGGCUGAGCUGAAGUCCAAUUACCUGACACAGCUGGACAAGAAGAUUCUAACCAUGUGCACACAAGAGCUGGCCAGUAUGAUAGAGGACGCUCAGUCUCUGGUGGAGAGGAAGAGAAAAGGAGGUGCUGAGGAGAAAGUCAUGUUGCAGGAUGCGACGAAACUCACACAGAGACUACGUUUCCUUGUGGAGGAGCCCCAGCACACACUGCCAGAUGUGUUUGUGUGGCUGCUGAGCAAUAACAAACGUGUAGCAGGCACUCGUGUCCAGGCCAGAGACCUGUUGUACUCCAGCAACCAGGAGGAACAGGGAGUCCACUGUGGGAAAGUUAUAACGCUGUUUCUGAAGCCUCCAGGGAAGCGCGUUGCUGGAUUUUCAGUCCAAGCAAAGCUGGACGUGUACUUGUGGUUAGGACGCUGUUCAGACUCCAAUCAUAUGUUGGAUGACUUGCCUGCAGGAUUCAGUCCAGCCCUUGGGGGCGCUGAUGCCUACAACCCUCCAUCGUUCCUGGUUUGCACAGAGCAGCGUAAGUUCCAGUUGAGGUGUCACAUGUAUCAGGCACGAGGUCUGAUCGCUGCUGACAACACAGGGCUGUCUGAUCCGUUCGCUCGCAUCACAUUCCUGUCAAACUGCCAAACCACCAACAUAAUCAGCCAGACUCUCAGUCCUACAUGGAAUCAGUGUUUGCUAAUGACACCCCUGCAGCUGAGUGGAGACACACAGUACAUCCUGCAGGAGCCUCCUCGUGUCAUCAUCGAAGUGUACGAUGAUGAUGCUCUGGGAAAAGCAGAAUAUCUUGGGGCCACUGUUGCUGUGCCAGAAGUUCGUCUGGCCUCUGAAUCUUACACGCCCCCUAUGCUGAAAUACAGCCCAUUGCACUGCGGCAGUCAGUCUGGAGGAGACCUGCUGGCUGCAUUUGAACUGCUGGAGAUUACAGAUCUCGCAGGGUCUCAUCUGCCCCCGUUAGAGGAAGAGGAAGGAGGCAAAUAUGUGGUCCCGGCCAACAUCCGACCUGUUCUGAGGACCUACAAAUUGGAGGUGUUGUUCUGGGGUCUGAGGGAGUUGAAGAAGGUCCAGCUUCUGUCUGUUGACCGUCCACAGGUCUUUAUCGAGUGUGCAGGCAAAACUCUUCGCUCCUCCGUAAUUCAGAAAUACAAGUCAAACCCGAACUUCACCACACUGGUCGAUGCCAUCAUACUGGAGUUGCCGGAGAAUGAAAACCUACAUCCCCCGCUCACUAUCACCGUUGUUGACUGGCGAGCCUUCGGUCGCAGCACGUUGGUUGGGAACCACAGCAUUAACAACCUCAAGGCCUUUGUAUACACUCCACCUCCAACUCCACCUGUUCCGAUCAAGAUUCAGACACCACCUGUGACCCUGCCAUCACAAGAAGCUCUACUGACACCGCAACCGCACAGCUCCAAGGAUAAGUCUCAACUGUCUGUAGAGACCCACACCUCUGCAACAAGUCAAGAUUUUCUUAUAACGGUGGAGGAAGAAACUCCACCUUCAGGCCCAUCUUCAGCUCCACCUUUACCUCCAUCUUCAUCUUCACCCUCAGCGCCAACUUCAGCUCCACCUGAUGCAGAGAAAGAGUCCAAGAAGAAAAAGGCCAAGGAAAGCAGCGCUCGAAAGCGUUCCACCAAGAGAAGGCGGCGCACCAUUGCUGACGAAUCAGCAGAGAAUGUCAUCGACUGGUGGUCCAAAUAUUAUGCAUCUGUGGAGAAGGAGGCCAAGAAAGGAGAAAACAUUUUUCCUCAAGGAUUUGAAAAAGUUGAGGAUUACCAUGGCCUGCUCGGCGAUGGAAUACAGUUUUUGGCUGGAACAGGGAAAGAUGGAGACAAGAAGAAAAAGGCCAAAGGAAAAGGAACGGUUGCAGUUAAUGUGGUUCUCCCUACGAAGUUAGCAACACUCAAGUUGUACAAUAAAGAACUGGAGGCAGAAUUUGGACCAUUUGACGACUGGGUUACCACUUAUGAACUGUACAGGGGUAAAGCCAAUGAUGAGGAGGGGUCAAAUGAAGAGAGGUUCAUCGGUAAAUUUAAGGGAAAGUUCUGCCUCUACAAACUUCCUGAAGAAGAGGCAGAUGACUGGGAUGAAGUGGAAGACUUUACAGAAUUCAAAGUCAACAGAGGAAUUCCCAGUAAUAGUACGAUUCAAGUCCGGAUACGGGUUUACGUAGUCUCUGUGAGUACAUCACAACAUCUAUUCUUCAUGCGGCGUCUCUGGUCUCAUGGUGAAAUGUCUUUGAUUCCUCGUCAGGCUUCAAACCUGCAUCCAGCUGAUCCAGAUGGGAAAGCGGAUCCAUAUAUUGUCCUUCGCCUUGGCAAACAAGAAAUCAAAGACAGAGACAACUACAUUCCUAAACAGCUAAACCCUGUGUUUGGAAGGUCCUUUGAGAUGCAGGCAACUUUUCCUAAGGAUUCUCUUCUGUCGCUGGUGAUCUAUGACUAUGACCUGAUAGGAGGGGACGACCUGAUAGGAGAGACUCGAAUUGACCUGGAGAAUCGAUUCUACAGCCGACACAGAGCCACCUGCGGGCUGCCCACUGAGUACAGCGUUGAUGGCUAUAAUGCCUGGAGGGACUGUCUGAAACCAUCUGAGCUGCUGUCAAAGCUGUGUAAAGACAAUGGUCUGGAUGAUCCUAAGUUCAGUCCAGGACAAAUCACUGUGGCGGGAAAAGUCUUCGCUGGCAAAACAGUUUUCAUGGAAGAAGAUGAGCCGAAGGAAUCCUACGAGCACUUGUCUCUGAAGAUUCUACACCGCUGGGCUGAGAUUCCAGGUGUAGGAUGCAAACUGGUACCAGAACACAUAGAGACCAGGACUCUGUACAACAAAGCCCGACCUGGAAUGGACCAGGGUCAGAUACAAAUGUGGGUGGACAUGUUUCCCAUGGAUCUGCCUCAUCCUGGACCUUCAGUGGACAUUUCUCCACGAACACCAAAAGGGUAUGAGCUGCGUAUCGUCAUCUGGAACACAGAAGACGUGUCUCUGGAGGACAGCAACUUCAUAACAGGACAGAAGUCCAGUGACAUCUACGUUAAGGGCUGGUUAAAAGGUUUAGAGGACGAUCGGCAGGAGACGGACGUCCAUCACAACUCCCUGACUGGAGAAGGAAACUUUAACUGGCGUUUUGUUUUCCCCUUCAGCUACCUGCCUGCUGAGAAGGUUAUAGUUGUAAAAAAAAGAGAGAGCAUUUUCUCUCUGGACAAAACGGAGCAGAAAAUUCCUGCCAUUCUUAUUCUGCAGGUCUGGGACUUUGAGACACUGUCUUCUGACGACUUCAUAGGUGCUGUAGAGUUAAACCUCCACGGUUUCCCUCGUGGGGCAAAGACGGCAAAGGCCUGUAAGGCCGACAUGAUGGACAUUUCAGAGAGGAUAUCCAUCUUCCAGCAGAAGAGAGCCAGAGGCUGGUGGCCGUUCAACAAAUCUGGAGAGCUGACGGGUAAAGUGGAAGCAGAGUUCCACCUGGUGACAGCCGAGGAGGCAGAAAAGAAUCCUGUCGGCAAAGCUCGGAAGGAACCGGAGCCGCUCCCAAAACCAAACCGUCCCGACACGUCCUUCUCGUGGUUUGUCAAUCCCUUCAAGUGUUUCUUCCACCUGAUCUGGCAAAACUAUAAGAAGUACAUCAUCAUUGCACUGAUUUUGCUCAUCCUGACCGUGUUCCUCGUCCUGCUCUUCUACACGCUGCCGGGUGCCAUCUCACAGAAGAUAAUUAAUGGAUAAAACACACAACAGUGAUACAUUAACACCAGGUUUUCCACACAUGGUUCUCAAUCGCAUGUUUAAGUAUCACUGAAAGCCAGGGUUGUACAAGGUAAAUGGUUUUUUUCAGUCAUUGAUAGUGUACAUAACCUUAUAUUGGCCGUGAUUUUGUUUCACCAUAUUAUUCUAAAGAUUUUUUUAUUUAGCCAUUCUUAUUGCUAUUUUUCAUGCUGACAUUAAAGCGUCUUCAAUGCCUUUUUU